CUAAAAGCAUUGGAUUGUUAUCUGAGUUGAUUGAACUUAUGUUGGCGGUAAAUUACUUAGAGGGUGAUGUUACUGAGUCGAAUCUUUCCAAUUUUUCCAAAUUAGCAUUCUUACAAUUAUCAGAUAACUCAUUGUCACUAAAAAUUGGUCCUACUUGGUUUCCUCCUUUCCAAUUAUUGUUCUUGGGAUUAAGAUCUUGUAAUCUGGGCCCAACAUUUCCUAAUUGGCUUCAGACUCAAACUUCCAUAAUAUUUCUAGAUAUUUCUAAUAGCAACCUUAAUGAUUCCGUUCCAGACUGGUUUUGGAACAACUUGCAAAAUAUGGGAAAGUUAAAUAUGUCUUACAAUAAUCUCAUUGGUACAAUUCCCAACAUAUCAUUGAAGCUUCUUUAUAGACCGUUCAUAUUUCUGCAUUCAAAUCAAUUUGAAGGCAAAAUUCCACCCUUUUUACUGCAAGCUUCAAAGCUCAAGCUCUCCAAAAAUAAAUUUUCAAAUUUGUUUUCAUUCUUAUGUGAUCAAAGCAUAUCUGCAAAUUUGUUAUCUUUAGAUUUAUCAAACAAUCAAAUGAAGGGACAACUGCCAAACUGUUGGAAAUAUGUUGAUAGGUUAUUGUUUCUUGAUUUAAGCAACAAUAAAUUGUCAGGGAAGAUUCAUGUCUCCAUGGGCAGCCUUGUUAACUUGGAAGUCUUGGUUUUACGAAACAAUAACCUAAUGGGUGAAUUACCUUCCACUUUGAAGAACUGCAGCAAUUUAAUUAUGGUGGAUGUGAGUGAAAAUAUAUUGUCUGGUCCAAUACCAUCAUGGAUUGGAGAAAGUAUGCAACAAUUGAUAAUCUUGAACAUGCGAGGGAAUCACUUCAGUGGACAUCUUCCAGUUAAUCUUUGUUAUUUGAAGCGUAUUCAAUCAUUGGAUCUUUCAAGGAAUAACUUAUCGAGAGGUAUUCCAACAUGCUUAAAGAAUUUGACUGUAAUGUCUGAAAAGAUCAUCAACAGAGGUGCAACUCUAAAUCAGAUAUAUUGGUCUGUCAAUCUUACUUACCAUGAACCUUAUGCUCCUUUUUUAUCCAGUUCUGAUAAUUAUACACUUAACAUAACAUGGAUUUGGAAAGGUAUGGAACUGUGGUUUUCGAAUCCAGAGUUACAACUUAAGAGCAUUGAUCUUUCAAGUAAUAAUUUAACAGGAGAAAUACCAAAAGAGAUUGGAUUAGUUUCUCUGAAUUUAUCCAGAAAUCAUCUGAGCGGAGAAAUUCCUUCAGAGAUAGGAAAUUUAAGUUCACUAGAGUCCCUUGACUUAUCAAGAAAUCAUAUCAGUGGGGCAAUUCCUUUUUCUCUUUCUCAAAUUGAUAAUCUAGGCAAAUUGGACUUAUCACACAACUCUCUUUCAGGAAAGAUCCCACGAGGAAGACAUUUUGGAACCUUUGAAGGCUCUAGUUCUGAAGGAAACGUAGAUCUUUGUGGUGAACAACUCAACAAAAGUUGUCCUAGAGAUGGAGAUCAAACGACAGUAAAGUUCCCAGAAGUUGAAGCAAUCAAUGGCGAUGAAGACAGUGUUUUUUACGAAGCAUUAUACAUGAGCAUGGGGAUAGGAUUCUUUACUGGAUUUUGGGGCUUAUUAGGGCCAAUACUACUUUGGCAUCCUUGGAGAAAUAACUACAUAAGAUUUAUGAACAGACUGAUAAAUUAUAUAUAUGAACGGUUAUAGGUAAUGGAACAAAGUAGUCCUCGUAGCUCAAAGACAAGAAGGCAGGUGUUGCAGAUGCUCUACACGCUUCGGAUUACAAAGGAAAUCGAUGUUGAGUUGCACAAGGGCAAAAUAUUUAUUUAGUUUUAUCGUUUGCAAUAUUUUGUAUGUAAGAAAUAAAUUGAAAAAUCUUGUUUCAAGUGA